UGUCAGAUACGGACGUUCCAAAUUCGAAAUUGUGUUAGUGGCCAGUGCGUGCAGUGAUUAUUAAAAAAAAGCAAUUCGAUUACAAAGUGAUGGAGUCGGAAAUCAACAAGAUGACGAAAAUACCACCAAAGAACUUCUCUAUAGAAUCGAUUGUUGGAUUAAACGAGCGACGUUCACCGGAAAUCGAUAUCGAAAACACGAUUACCGAUUUUAAUACAGAUCAUUCGGAGGAUGAAGACUUGAAGGUUAGAGAUGGGAAGAUGUACUAUUUCCAACAAAAUAGAGUGCCGAAUUUUCCGUUUUUCAUGUCCUACGAUAAAAGGGGAAUGGCAACCGGAUAUCCGGAAAAUCCUGGGAAUGAAGACUUGAAAAGGGCGAGUCCGGGAAGUGUCAGGAGCGAAGUCGAUAGCGAUGGUGCUGAAGACAGACCACACGAAUCACUCAGUCCACAAUCGGAACAAAUAAACACUUCAAAUGCAGCACCGGACCCUAACAUAAGGAGGUACCGCACAGCGUUCACAAGAGAACAAUUGGCUCGUUUAGAAAAAGAAUUCAUGAAGGAAAACUACGUUUCAAGACCAAGAAGGUGCGAAUUGGCUGCACAGUUACAGUUGCCAGAGUCCACUAUCAAGGUAUGGUUCCAAAACCGUAGAAUGAAGGACAAGAGGCAAAGAAUUGCAGUUGCCUGGCCCUACGCAGCUGUUUAUAGCGACCCGGCAUUCGCGGCGUCAAUCCUGCAAGCCGCUGCAUCCUCCGUGGGGUUACCUUACGGAUAUCCCUCCCCCGCCCUUCUGCCCCCCUUCCAUAACCCUCAAUUGCUACCCUCAGGUUACCCUUACCCAUAUCCCCCGUACCCCAGAUACCCCUACAUCCCACCGACUCCUCCUUCCCCGGUGAAUGCUGAAUCAAUACGGCCAACGUACCAAAACUUUAAUAUAAACGUUGACAAAUAAGUUUAGUUUUUUUUAAUCUAUAAUCUGUGGUACUUAGGAGCUGAAUAUACAUAGAUGAUGCGUAAUAAAAAUAUAUUUUUUAAGUAUGGUCCAACCAGAAAAAUAAAGAAACAUCUCGCUGUGUUGCGUAAAAAUAGAACUAAGUAAUUUCUUCACUGGCAUUCGAAGCAAUUUGCAAUAAAAAAGUAAUUGUCGCGUUCAUAGACAAGGUUUUCAAAAAGAAGGAGGUUCUAUUAUCAGCUGUAUGUAUGUUUUAUAUAUUUCUGGUCAGGCUAUACCUAAAUAAAUUACAGAAACUCAAUGUAAAUAAAGCUUUAGGAUUAUCAUAAAUUUAUUUAAUCUAUGUGUGUAGUUGUAUGUAUGUACAUAAGUUUUAAUUAUUAGGUAUUUAUUUAAAAGUUUUUAAUUAUAGAUACAUAUAAUGUAGAUAAAAUAAACCCAGUUAUUUGUAGCAUAAAAAUAAAUUACCUAUUCUUUUUGUUGUUUAAUAUGUUAACGUAAUGAAAAAGACAAUUGUAAAUGUUAUUCAUUCCAUUUUGUACAAAUUAAAUUAUUUUUAAGUUUAUUUUUAUGUCUUUAAUUCUAGUAAAUUCGGGAAAAUUUGACGAAAUUGUUUGUCGUUAAUAUAUCUAGCCUUUUGCAUACUCGAAAAUUCUAGGUGCGUGACAUAAUAAACAUAAUAAACGUGACAUUAAAAUUUUGAUUUUAAGGCGUUUGUAAGGUUCAAACGCCUUUAAAUCAAAAUUCAUCGUUAACACUUUGAAUAAAUGUGCAAAAAGUAAAAUUAAUAAACAUGUCAGACAAAUAGUUUGUUUAUAAUUACACUCGUAGACAAUUUGUCAAAAAACCGAACCGAGUAUUGGGAACCGAGACUGUGGUACCUGUAUUAUACCUGUCAACAGAUUAUUUUAAACUAAUUUAUGAAUAAAAGAUUUCUGGAUUCUGGUACCUACUAGGUACUAGGUAUUGACCGUUAUUCAUUUCAAUAUUUAAGAAAAAAAUAAAGUGUGUCAUGAUUUUAUUUAAGUAAUCAGCCAUUUUGUAAAAAUAAUGUAUAUGUAUAUUAAUCUUUACAAUAUUUAGUGUAUGUAUAGGCUGACCAGAAAAAUAAAACAUCUUCAUUUUGCGGAAAUCGAAGGAACUUUUCUCCAAUAGCAUAUGGUUUUAAAAGUGCUAGUGAUGCCUCCAUCUAGAUUUUUUAUGUUUCUGGUCAGACUAAUAGAUAACUUAAUAAUUUUAAGUGUUCAUAGAUUUUAAUGUUUUAUCAUUUUAAAUGUCAUUUAGAGUAAGAACAAAUUGUAAAAUACUGAAUAUAAAAAAGACAAUUAUGAAGUUAUAUAAAA